UGGGACUUUAACAACUCGUUGAUUAGAGGAGGAUUUGGGGGAAUUCGUUGCUCGACAUUUCUACAAUGGCGUCGCUAGUCCGUCCGCUCGCGGGGUUCCGCAGCAGCGCCCUGCGCAUUAUCAAACCUUCUUUUACCUGCACUUCAUGUCUUCGAAAAGAAGCACGGCAUGCCUCUCCUUUAAACUAUGCCGUUCGACGGCUUAAUAUCAACCACUCCUAUCCCCGGCGGACAUCUGUAGCCGCCUCUAUCUCUGAAGCCGCAUCGAUUUCGAAGUCUGUCUCCCCCGAAGGCUCGAAAUCGUCAUCGGAGUCGAGCAGGAAAUACCCCGAAAUCAGCGACAAGAAGGUCGCAUAUUGGUUGAUAGGCAGCGCUGCCAGUGUCUUCGGGAUCGUCGUCUUCGGCGGUCUUACGCGAUUGACGGAAUCGGGGCUAAGUAUCACCGAAUGGCGUCCGGUCACCGGCAGCCUGCCACCCACGAGCCAGGAGGCAUGGACCUCCGAGUACGACAAAUACCGCUCCUCCCCUGAGUUCCAGCGCCUCAACCCCAACAUGUCCCUCGAGGAGUUCAAGAAGAUCUACUGGAUGGAAUGGGGCCACCGCCUCUGGGGUCGCGUUAUCGGCGUCUCCUUCCUCCUCCCGACCAUGUACUUCAUCGCCCGCCGUCGCAUCUCUCCCCGCACUGCCCUUCGCCUGACUGCCAUCUCCGGCCUCAUCGGCCUUCAGGGCUUCGUCGGCUGGUGGAUGGUAAAAUCCGGCCUGAAAGACGACCUCUUCGCCCCGGGCUCCUACCCCCGCGUCUCGCAAUAUCGCCUCACCGUCCACCUCGGCCUCGCCUUCGUUGUCUACGCCCUCAUGCUCACCUCUGGCCUGCGCAUCCUGCGCGCCCACCGCCUCCUCAAAUCCCCCGCGGAUUCCCAGAAACUCCUCGCCACCCUCCGCUCACCCGUCGUCCGCCACUUCCGAAUCGCGACCGCCGCCGUCGCCGCGUUGGUCUUCACGACCGCCAUGUCCGGCGCGCUGGUCGCCGGCCUCGACGCCGGGUUGAUCUACAACGAGUUUCCGUACAUGGGACUCGGGCUUACGCCGCCGAGCCCUGAGCUGUGGGACCCGCAUUAUUCGCAGCAGGAAGACCAGUCCGAUCUAGUGUGGCGCAAUAUGACGGCGAACCCGUCGCUCGUGCAGCUGGACCACCGGAUCCUGGCGAUGACGACGACGGCGGCGGUGUUUGGACUGUGGGUGUAUGGGAAGCGGCGGGGCGGACGGUUGAGAGCGAUGUUGCCGCGGGACGUGCAUCGGGGACUGAAUGGGCUGACGCAUCUGGUGAUGGCGCAGGUGACGCUGGGGAUCACGACGUUGUUGUAUUUGGUGCCGACGUGGUUGGCGGCGGGUCAUCAGGCGGGAAGUUUGGCGUUGCUGACCGGCGCGUUGGUGCUGCGGAAUCGGUUGGGGGUGUCGAGUAAGGUGGUUAAUCUCGUGAAGAUGAAGGUGAAGCAAGGAGGGAAGGGAGUGGGAGGUAGGCCGGUGAUGCCUCUUAGAAAGUCAUGAAGAUGACGUGACACCACUCGAUAUUCAUUUCGUAUAGAUAACAACUUCACUCAAUCGAUCGCCGAUCGGCGGUUUUAUACCAACGAUUCGGCCGUUUAUCCUGCCGCGACCGGUCUUUCCCUCCGUGAAUCCUUGCCUGUAUAUCUCAGGAG